GUGCUUGCCGUGUUAUCCGUCAGUGUGCUUGUCGCUAGUGCUGGUGUCCUGGCUGAUCGCGCGGGCCUCGGACGCUGGACCAGACAGCCGGCGCUCUGUGGUUGGUGUCCAUGUUUGGACGAUGGAUCACCGGAGAAAUCCACGCCCUGAUCGGAGGAAAGCACGUGGAUCCCAAGGGAAAGGCUGUCCUCAUUACCGGCUGCGACAGCGGCUUUGGCUUGGAAUUGGCUAUGCGGCUGCACGCUCGUGGAAUGCGCGUCUUCGCCGGCUGCCUCCUGCCGGACAGCCUUGGUGCCACCAAGCUCCAAGCGCUUGCCGCCACGCCGACGGAAGAGGGGAAAGGAAGCGUGCACGUGAUAGCACCCAUGGACGUCACGAGCGACAGCCAGGUGGAAGAUGCCGUGAACCAGGUCAAGAAGAUUCUAGCUGGCGAAGGGCGUACGCAGAAAGAUGUCGACCAGAACGGAGAUCUCCCUAACGGUGACCAGGACGGCAGCGUAGCCGAGGUUCCCCAGCUGUGGGCUUUGGUAGCUAACGCUGGUGUCAUCUGGGCCACUGAGCUGGAGUGGGGCUCGCUGGAACCCAUGCGCCGCAUGCUUGAGGUGAAUGCGGUGGGCGUGGCGCGAACCGUGCGCGCCUUCCUUCCCAUGGUGCGCAGGGCCAAGGGAGGACGUGUAGUCAUCACUACCAGCCUGUGGGGAUACUUCUCCAUUCCCUUCUCGGUGGCCUAUUCUAUGUCCAAGUGCGCGGCUCGCUUCUUCGCCGACGGCCUCCGAAGGGAGAUGAAGAAGUUCGGCGUCCGCGUUGUGUCCAUCGAGCCCAACAUGUACGCCACAAACCUCACGGCUGACGGUAUCCUUCUGCCGGCCAUGGACAAGCUAUGGCAGGAGACCAGCGAGGAAGUCCGGCGGGACUACGGCCAAGGUUACUACGAGCUGAGCCGCCAGUACCUGCGGCGGGAGCUGCUCAAGUCGCGCACCGAAAUCCACGAAGUGGUGGACGCCAUGGAGACCGCGGUACUGGCACAGAGGCCGCGCUUUGCGUACCGUCCGGACGGCCUUCUGAGGGCAUUCCAGUUCCGCCUGCUUGAAAUUGCGCCUCCCGUCGUGCAGGACGCCUUUCUCAUACGGGACACACAGCCGCCAGCGUCCACACUUCCAGGCAACAGAGGCAUCGCGCGAGGCUGAAGGCAGCCGUUGUUUGAGUGCACCUGCCGGAAUAAUGUUUGUGCAAGCUCAAAACGUUGUGUAAUGAGAAAAGGAUGGACACGUCGUAUGCGCGCGAGCUCCACUUUUCGACCGAAGCGACCUUUUUAUAAGCAGAAAAGCGCAGUACGCGUUGCUGUUUUUGAAUCGUCACAAGUGGCAAUAAGUUCCUGCAUUUCAGAUGAACUAAAUAGCAUUUUGACGAAGCUUGCGCUACUAUGAAUCCUUGCCUUCAGCCUCUGAGGUGUAUUGCGCCUCGAUCUCUUGUACCCGUCCUGCCGAAGAUGAUGAACUGCAAACCUUGUAAUGAUGACUGUUGUCUGCAGAAAAGCAGCGUCGCUUAGCAGUUCUUGAAUAGAUAAGUUAUAAACUAUGGGUAUCGUCGUGACAUGUUAGGUGCGCAUACGGACGGCAAUCAUGAAUGUGAGCUUUCUACGGGGCAUCGUCGAGUUUAAUAGCGUGGUAAGAAAAUCAAGUGCACAAGUAGAGAUUUCCGAAACUUCAGCUGUUGCAUUUAAAAGUAUUCUUUGUGUUCUAAACAUCCUUUGACAAACUGAGGUGAUCUGUCUUCUGCGACAGUGGUCUCUGGUAUGUGAAGGCACAAAAUCAGGUGUAUCUCUCGUCUUCGCUUCAAGUGACAAAAGGGAGCGUUAUGUUGUGUUGAACUAAUUGUGCGGGUAGUGGACUACGGUAAGGGCUUCCUUCACAGCGGUGAAAAUUAAAUGGCGUGUAGUAAUAAAGAAUGGGGAUAACUACUGUAUUUCAUGCGUCCGAUAGUAGCUGUAUGUCAGCGUACGCGUGCAGUAAAUUCGUAGGCGACCGUACGGAUGUGUGGUUACUCCUAGGUCGACAGGGUAAGCUAUCGUGAUCUAAUGCCGGGUAUAUUGUUUCAAGUGCAUACAAUGCGAUAAUUCAGAAACUAAUAGCACUAA